CUUGUGCUGCUGCUGCUGCCUUUCACGGGAGCUGCCGGGGACUGGGAGAAAUCUCAAGCCAUCUGUGAUAUCAAGAUCAAGAUCAAGCCUUACGAGUGUGGCCGCGGUCUUCUUCACCUCCUGCCAUGCUCCGCUCGCCCCUCGUCCGCCUGCUGGGCUCCGGCGUGGCCCUCUCGGCGGCCUCGGCCCUCGGGGUGUCCUCCAGGGCACAGUCCACGCUGCCUAAAGUGUACUUCGACGUGGAGGCCAACGGCAAGCCCCUGGGCCGGGUGGUGAUGGAGUUGCGGUCUGAUGUGGUCCCCAAGACGGCAGAAAACUUCCGGCAGCUGUGCACAGGGGAGCAAGGGUUUGGCUUCAAGGGCUCCAUCUUCCACCGCAUCAUCCCGGGCUUCAUGUGCCAAGGGGGGGACUUCACACGUGGCAAUGGCACUGGAGGAAAGUCCAUAUAUGGAGAAAAAUUCAGGGAUGAGAACUUCAAGCUGGAACACACGGAUCCUGGCAUUUUAUCCAUGGCAAAUGCAGGACCCCAUACAAAUGGUUCACAAUUUUUCCUCACUACUGUCCCAUGCCCAUGGUUAGAUGGUAAGCAUGUUGUAUUUGGUAAAGUGGUCGAUGGCAUGGAUGUUGUGAAGGCACUGGAGGGCCAUGGUUCCCGUUCUGGGCGACCGUCAAAAACUGUUGUUAUAGCUGAUUGUAAUGAGCUAAAGGAGUGAAUGAACCACUGCACAAUGGACAAAUAAGUAAACCAAGGGCCCAAUGUGAAUUCCUAAACUGAAAAAGAAAAGUUUAUUUUUAAACUAUCGUGUCAAUGGCCCUCUUUGUUUCAAAUCUUAUUUAAAAAAAAAACACUAUUGUUUACUGUUAUAUCACAAUGUACAUAUAUAAUUUAUAAUUAAUAGGAUGAGGGCAUUCGACAGUGUUAGAAUUCAUUUUUUGUAUUUUAUAGAGCUGAAUAUAAAAUGUACAUUUUAAGCAUUUUUAUAAUUCUGUAUAUACAAUGUAUAAUUACAUUUCAAGUAAAAAUAAAUAAAAAAAACCUA